GUGCAUUGAACAGGCAAGUACAAGGCGUUGAUUUUCGAAAUUAGUUUCUGUGUGUAAAUAGUACCACAACUGUAAUUGUUCCCUGAGAAUAAUGGAGUCGAAGGCCAAUGUCGUGUGUUAUUAUGGAAGUUGGGCUUACUACAGACGAGGCAAUGGAAAGUUCGCUCCAGCUAAUAUCAAUCCAAAAUUGUGCACCCAUUUAAUCUACAGUUUCCUCGGUGUUCAAUCGGACGGUAGGAUUUACCAUCUGGACGAAAGGUUAGACGUUGAAGAAAAGAACCUGAAAAAUUGCGUGGAUCUCAAACGGUCGAACAGAAACCUCAAGGUUUUGGUCGCCGUGGGCGGUUGGAAUAAUUCCAAGAACUUCGGCGCUGUAGCAGCCUCUUCAGCGGCCAGAGCUAGAUUCGUGAGAACUUCUUUGGAGCUCUUAGAUAAGUUCGGUCUGGACGGGCUGGAUAUCGACUGGGAAUAUCCCACUCAACGCGAGGGAUCCUCUCCGGACGAUUAUCGAAACUUCAUUACUCUUCUGAAAGAACUCAAUGGUGCAUUAAAACCGAGAGGAUUAUUGUUGACUGUAGCUGUGUCUGCUUCACCCUCGAUUGUAAACACUUCGUAUGACGUGCCCAAGCUAUCGAAGUACGUGGAUUUGAUCAACGUAAUGGCUUACGACUUCCACGGCAGUUGGAAUGAUGUUACAGGACACAACGCUCCUUUGUAUCCCUCAUCUAGAGAAACUGGCGCCCAAAGAGAACUCAACGUCAACGCUGCCAUCUCCAACUGGAUCGCCCGGGGCGCCGCUCCGGGGAAAUUGGUACUCGGAAUUCCAACCUACGGAAGAACCUUCAGGCUCUCCUCCCGGAGAAACGCGAGUUUGGGCGCCCCGGCUUCGGGGCCCGGAGACCGAGGCAAAUACACAGGCGAGAGCGGAAACCUUGGAUAUAACGAGAUUGUAGAAUUGAAGAAAGAAGGCGGUUGGACUUACGUCUGGGAUGACGAGCAAAAAGUACCUCACUUGUACAAAGAGGACCAAUGGGUUGGUUUCGACGAUUCCAGAUCAGUUGUUGAAAAGGUUCGAUAUGCUCAGAGAGGAGGAUUGGCAGGUAUAAUGGUAUGGGCAAUAGAUACAGAUGAUUUUCUCGGAGUAUCUGGAACUGAAUUCCCUCUAUUAAAAAGUAUUGUAACCAGCUUGCGCAGCUUUAGAACUUAAUGGUGGAAAAUUGGAAGGGCCAAUUACAGACAAUUGCGAGCAAAUGGACUUUGAAACUUUACCUAUAUACUCCUCUGCUAUAUUAUACAUAUUAUUCUAAAAAUGUAAUAAUAAAACUAAUAUUAAACUAGCCAA